AUGGCGCACCGCUGCCUGCUGCUGUGGGGCCGGGGCGGCUGCGGGCCCCGCGGCCUCCCGCCGCUGCUCGUGCCGGGCGGCUGCCUGGGGCCCAGCCGGCGGCCCUGCCUCCGCACGCUUUAUCAGUGUGCUACUGCCCAGAGAGCAGCCAGCAGAAAUUCUCUUCUGAGGGAUGUAAUCGCUGCUUACCAGAGAUUCUGUUCUCGACCUCCUAAAGGAUUUGAAAAAUACUUUCCUAAUGGUAAAAAUGGAAAAAAAGACAGUGAACCCAAAGAAGUUGUUGGAGACAAAAAAGAAUCAAAAUCAGCUGCUGCCUCGAGGUCUUCUGGAGGUGCAGGUGGCGGUGGGGGAGGAAAGCGCCGAGGCAGGAAAGAUGAUCCUCACUGGUGGUCCAGGUUCCAGAAGGGUGACUUUCCAUGGGAUGACAAGGAUUUCAGGAUGUAUUUUCUCUGGACUGCUCUAUUUUGGGGUGGAGUCAUGUUUUACUUUCUGUUCAAGAGCUCCGGGAGAGAAAUCACAUGGAAAGACUUUGUCAAUAACUACCUUUCUAAAGGAGUGGUGGACAGACUGGAAGUCGUCAAUAAACGCUUUGUUCGUGUGACCUUUACACCAGGAAAAACUCCAGUUGAUGGGCAAUAUGUCUGGUUUAAUAUUGGCAGUGUAGACACCUUUGAGCGGAAUCUGGAAACUUUGCAGCAAGAAUUGGGCAUAGAAGGGGAAAAUCGAGUGCCUGUUGUCUACAUUGCUGAAAGUGACGGUUCCUUUCUCCUGAGUAUGUUGCCCACGGUGCUCAUUAUCGCGUUUCUGCUCUACACCAUAAGAAGAGGGCCUGCCGGCAUCGGUCGGACUGGCCGGGGGAUGGGUGGACUCUUCAGUGUUGGGGAAACCACAGCCAAGGUCUUAAAGGAUGAGAUAGAUGUGAAGUUCAAAGAUGUAGCUGGCUGUGAGGAGGCCAAGCUAGAAAUAAUGGAAUUCGUGAAUUUCUUGAAAAACCCAAAGCAAUAUGAAGACCUAGGAGCAAAAAUCCCAAAGGGUGCCAUUCUCACCGGUCCUCCGGGUACUGGGAAGACACUGCUAGCCAAAGCUACAGCUGGAGAAGCCAAUGUCCCCUUCAUCACUGUUAGUGGAUCUGAGUUUCUGGAGAUGUUUGUUGGUGUUGGGCCGGCCAGAGUCCGAGACUUAUUUGCCCUCGCUAGAAAGAAUGCCCCUUGCAUUCUCUUCAUUGAUGAAAUUGAUGCUGUGGGAAGGAAGAGAGGCCGGGGCAACUUUGGAGGGCAGAGUGAGCAGGAAAACACACUCAAUCAGCUGCUCGUGGAGAUGGACGGCUUUAAUACAACUACCAAUGUGGUCAUCUUGGCAGGCACAAAUAGGCCAGACAUCCUGGACCCAGCUCUGUUGCGGCCAGGCCGCUUUGACAGGCAGAUUUUUAUUGGACCACCAGACAUAAAGGGAAGAGCCUCUAUCUUCAAAGUUCACCUUCGGCCACUGAAACUGGACAGCGCCCUGGAAAAGGAGAAAUUGGCCAGAAAACUGGCAUCCUUAACCCCAGGGUUUUCAGGAGCUGAUGUUGCCAAUGUCUGUAAUGAAGCUGCUUUGAUUGCUGCAAGACACCUUUCAGAUUCGAUCAACGAAAAGCACUUUGAACAAGCAAUUGAACGAGUGAUUGGUGGCUUGGAGAAAAAAACCCAGGUUCUGCAGCCCGAGGAGAAGAAGACUGUGGCUUACCAUGAAGCAGGGCAUGCAGUUGCCGGCUGGUAUCUGGAGCAUGCAGACCCACUCUUAAAGGUGUCCAUCAUCCCACGUGGCAAGGGGUUGGGCUAUGCUCAGUACCUGCCAAAAGAGCAGUACCUGUACACCAAGGAGCAGCUGCUGGAUAGGAUGUGCAUGACGCUAGGUGGCCGUGUUUCUGAAGAGAUCUUCUUUGGAAAAAUUACAACAGGUGCUCAGGACGACUUGAGGAAGGUCACCCAGAGUGCCUACGCCCAGAUUGUUCAGUUUGGAAUGAAUGAGAAGGUGGGGCAGAUCUCCUUUGACCUCCCGCGUCAGGGGGACAUGGUAUUGGAGAAGCCGUACAGUGAAGCCACCGCGAGGCUGAUAGAUAAUGAAGUACGGGUACUUAUUAGCGAAGCUUAUAAAAGAACGGUAACUCUUCUCACAGAGAAGAAAGCUGAUGUGGAGAAGGUUGCUCUGCUGCUAUUAGAAAAGGAAGUGUUAGACAAGAGUGACAUGGUUGAACUCCUGGGCCCCAGACCAUUUGCCGAAAAAUCAACCUAUGAAGAAUUUGUGGAAGGCACUGGCAGCUUGGAUGAGGACACUUCGCUUCCAGAGGGCCUGAAGGACUGGAAUAAGGAAAGGGAGAAGGGGAAGGAGAAAGAGAAAGAAGAGCCUCCUGGGGAGAAAGUUGCCAACCAGAUCCAAGGCUAUAGGCCCCUUUAGUGUGUGCACCUAGGGUUUGAUUUGCAUAGCUUCAGCCUUCAGAAGAAUGACGGCCCUAAGUUGACGCAGCCAGCUACUGACCCAGCCAGACUGGAGAGAGGACCUCCACCACCUCUGAGGUGGGUGGGAGUGGCAGCAGCUACCCAGAGCCCUGAGGGACUCACCUAUCCCUCAGCCUUGUUCUUGCAGACAGUGGCUAGAACGGUGCCACAUGCCAAGGCCUGGCCUGUCUCCCUCUGUGAACCCCAGCAGCCGUGGUGGAGACAGUUCUGUGGAACCUCACAGCGUGAGAGGUGAUCCUUCGCUCCUUCCAUCACCCACCCUUCAUUCCUAGUUUUCUUCGAAUAUCUCUGCAGAUGCGCUGUGAAAUUUGGCUGGAGUCCUGAAAAGAAUAUUUUGAUCCAACCUAAUAUUUUAAAGAUUGAAUCCAGAUCACUUGUUGCUGUUUUAAUGGAAUGGUUUUCUAUAGAGAACUGUAACAUAUUUAAAAAUAUGAAUGUAUUAUGUACAUAUGGCUUCUUUACAUCAAAAAUAAAAGAUGAGUACUGUACCUUUCUCCCUGA